GGUUUCCUGAAAAUACCCAUCUGGUGGUUGAAGCCUUCAAGUCAGAUGAAACAUGGAGAGAAUGCACACGACCAGGUGAAUGGGAUGACUUGCAAGAUGGAUGCUUUGCAAGUGUCUCCUGAAGGAGAUUCACCAGAAUACAUCCACACAGACACGGAUCUUUGUUAUGCUGGCAGUAUAGAAAUAGCAGGAGAAGCUUCUUUGGAAGAUCUGAAGAUGCAGGCUAUGACCUUACCACGCUGCCAGGAGCAGGCUGUCCCACUGCCCUCAUUCCUCAGAGCAUGGACAGUGGAGAGUAAACGCCCAGGGAAGCUUUUACGAGACAACAAGCAGCAGCUCAAUGACUAUAAGCUUGGUGCCAGAGUGGAAAUCUGCAUCGAACCUUUGCAAAAAGAAGAGCAUUUGGGCCCCCAUGAACUGCUGCUCCGAGUCCAGAUGGGCAUACCAGGGGAGAGGGACUACUAUGACUCCAUGGAUUUGGUGUGGGAUAUCUCCAAAGAAUGCACAACGUGGGCUCUGAGGCAACGAGUGGCUUCUCACUAUUGUCUCCCUGUAGAUAAGAUUGAAAUAGCCAAAUACUUCCCUGAAAAAUUUGAGUGGCUGCCAAUAUCUAGCUGGACACAGCAAAUUUCAAAGAGGAAACGGAAGAAAAAACAGGAGAGUUUACAGUCAGCGCCUUACCACCUGAAAGAUGGAGAUAUCAUUGGGGUGAAG